CCCCUGGAUUUAUGUGGUGUCCGUGCGUCGUGCAGCAGCUUCUCCGCGCGCCAGAACCCAUUCAGACGCGCAAAGGAAUCGGACACGUAGAGCGAAACUUACUCACAGCAGACUACAACAGGUUUACUGUAUAUGGUAAGGGGAAAAAAAGAAAGGGGAAAAAAAGACUUUCCAUGACAGAAAAUGAAUCAUUCCUGAGAAGAAUGAUAAUCCCAUAAUGCUGCUGUUGGAGACAGCGAAUCUGCCAAGCUCAGCGGGUGAAAUUCUCCAUUAUACUGAACGUUUGCAGCUUCUGAAAACUGCUCUUGUAUUCACUGGUAAGGUGAACGGUCCAGUGACAGACAACUCACAGCACAGGACUGUGUUUCAGUCUGUAGGUGGUGAUGAUGGUGUGAAAGCAGAGGGAAGUGAAACCUUGUGGAGGAAUCCCUGCUGCCUCUGAGAUGGGGGCCGCUUAGAUAGAGGAGGAAACACGAGAUAGCCCACGCCAGAGAGUAGAAGCACACAGGAGCACCUUCCACGCCAUCAUUAUUCCAAAGCCAUCAUGCUGUCACAUCUCUGAUCGGGGAGGCAUUUUCCCUCCGGAUCCACCGGCUCUGUUCAUGCGGAGGAAUCCCUUUGUGGUGGACGGCUGCUGUAGGAAAGGGUCCCGCAAUGCCUUGCAGGAGCUCUACAACCCCACACAGCCGGAGUUGUCUGGAGCAGCGGUCCUCCACCAGGCCAGGAGGGAUCAAGUCGUGGAUGCCUGCCGAGUCUAUAGUGCAUCCAGCCGCAAGCGCAGAGUGCUGACACCUGGAGACCUCAAACACCUUGUGGUGGACGAGGACCAUGAGCUCAUCUACUGCUAUGUCCCAAAAGUGGCCUGUACCAACUGGAAACGCGUCAUGAUGGUGCUCACAGGCCGGGGCAAAUACAGCGACCCGAUGGAAAUACCUUCCAAUGAAGCCCACAUUCCCUCCAACCUGAAAACGCUGAACCAGUACAGUAUUGCUGAGAUCAACCACCGUCUCAAGAACUACCUCAAGUUCCUCUUUGUUCGUGAGCCCUUUGAGAGGCUGGUCUCAGCAUACCGCAAUAAGUUCACCCUAAAGUACAACUCAUCCUUCCACAAGCGCUUUGGCACCCGCAUCAUCCGGCGCUACCGCAAGAACGCCACACAGGACGCCCUGCUCAACGGAGCUGAUGUCAAAUUCAAAGAAUUUGCUGAGUACUUGGUGGACCCGGCCACGCAGCGCGAUGGUCCACUCAAUGAGCACUGGCAGACUGUAUACCAGCUUUGUCACCCAUGUCACAUCCACUACGAUCUGGUGGGCAAGUAUGACACGCUGGAAGAUGACGCAAACUACGUGCUGCGGCUGGUGGGCGUCGGCGACUCCUUGCGCUUCCCAAGCUACGCCAAGUCCACUCGUACCACAGAUGCCAUGACGGCCCAGUUCUUCAGCAAUAUCAGCACUCAGCAGCAGGUCCAACUCUACCAGCUUUACAAGAUGGACUUCCUCAUGUUCAACUACUCCACACCCAGCUACCUGAGGCUGGACUAACGGAGGACAGAGCUGGGACUCUGAGAAUGACUGCCUUGUUUAGGGAGAGGCAACAAAACGAGUGAAGGAGAGAAUUUUGGAAGCAAACUUGAUUUAAAAAACUGUUGUUGUAUACAGGCGUGGGGUCAGAAUUAGACAUAAAAACAGGUGCUGAAAGAAUGAAAGGUAAUGGUGCUUGUCUGGGCACAGGGGGAGGAUGUCCAGGCAACUCGCAGUGAUACAGAGAAAGCUGAUUGGCUGAGAAUGUGGGCUAAAUGAACCAAACGCAUGCAAAGACUAAAAUGUGUGGGUGAAGCAGGUCUUCAAGGUGUUUUAAAAGGGGAACUUACCCUCAGAGGACGGACUUGACGAGCAAUUCUCCUGAUGAUGUUCCCUACAUGUUUAAACAAACUGCUGACAAAUUAGGCUGCUUUCAGAUUCUACAAAGCAAACAGCGGCCUCGCACGUGCCCUGACCCCAAUGCAUUGUGGGAGCUAAGCUUAUCUCCACCUCCCCCCCGAUCAAUAGAGAAACUCCGUCAAAUUGUAAAACACAAUUCAUGCCCUUUGCUGCGCUGUCAGCAUGGCGUGUUAGCGCCCAUCACCCUUGCCCUCAUUAGAUUUAUACAUUUCAGAGGGAAACUGGCUCAUCAUUGCCUCAAGGACGCCCAGUAAUAGAUGGCUACUGACUUCACUCUCAAGACCUCACAACUGUAACUGCGGUGACAUGGCCUUCAGAUAACAGUUGUAAUGAAAUGAGUUGUCACCGGUUUCUCUCACCAUGAUGUUGGCAGAAUGAACCUAUGUGUUACGAUCUGAGGACCCACUGAAAACAGAAAACUCCUGCAGAAGUAAAGUGUGGAAGUGCUUAAUAAAUCAUUGCCUGUAAUACCAAGCAUCCUUAACACUUUGAGCUACAGGACGUGGUAAGAACGGUAGGGGUUGUUCUCAUGCGAGUGGGCGCACCAGUUGUAGUGACAAGUCUGUGCAGAAAGUCUGAACUGAAAGAGAAGAGACAGCCUGUGUGGUUGUGAAAGGGUUAAAGGCACUGGAUCUCAUAAACCCGCCCUGCCGUGCACCGCCAUGCCCCACCCGGGGGCUCCAUGGACACACCCAGGGCACAAAGCCCUUACUCCCAAGACCAAACAUGUGUUUCAGUAAAUUAAGAUUAUUCUUUGUCUUCUUGCUUAUUUUUAUUUUUAUUGUCUUAUGAAGCAUUGCUGCGAGCAGCAAUAACAACAUAUUAUUUAAUUUGUUUUGUUGAUUAAUGAGAAAAGAUUUAAUGUUUAGUUUUCCUGGGCUGAUAACAAUUUAGGACAUUUUAAAGCUGAACUGUUUUGUUUUGUUGAUUUCUUCCUGGCAACUUGCCUCUGAUACAUUUUAUUUAUGCCUCACAGCAUUUUCAUUUCUGAAGGGUGUACGGUACAUCGCAGCCCAUGGCUUUGUCCUUCUGUGUCUGAGCUCAUCAGAGAUUUAUGGGUUAUUUUCCAUUUCCUGUUGUCAAACAUUUGGUGCCAAAUGGCUGUGAGAGCUUCAGAGGUCCACACUCGAUGUUUGGUGUACAUCAUCUCCCCCUCAAUCCCCUAGCCAGAAUAUGAGAACUAGCUGCUGCUCUCAGUGUACAUAUCAACAAUCUACUGCCCACAUCACGGAACAGAGACUGCACUCAUACUGUAAUGUGAUUAAUGUUAGCAAAGUUAAGCAAUGUCAAGGUUAAUAACUGUGCUCUCCAUCUCGCAGUGAAUUGGAUUACAGGAGGGAGAGAGAGUGGUUUUGUUUUUUACACCUCUUUGUACAUUCUAAAUCACUCCAGCCCCAAGUGAAAGAGACUUUUUGGAAUAGCUGAAUCUCUUUGGUCGACUUGUUUGAACCAGACAUAAUAUUUUAAUGAAUGCAUUUGUGUACUUUGACUUUCAUUUCAUUUUUGGAUCUGUUUCUAGUGAGUCACCCAAUCUUUUGGCAGUGCAAUAAUUGUCUGGAGUAGCAGCUUUACAGUUAUCUUACAGUCAUACAGCUUUGCAGUGCAGGAGAUAGUUUCCCUUAUUUAUUUUCAUCAGUCAGAUCAAAUUAACAGUACUUGAUAGCACAUACUGCAAAGGUCAACUUAAUGACAGUGUCAUGUCUAGUGGUGACCCCUUUAGGGUUGGGCCAAUAGACGAUGCCUUUGUCCAUCCCCCCAAUCCCUUCUGAGCAUUGACUACCAUAACAUCCUCAUUUUAAGGGCCCCAACAGCGUUUUUCAGUUCAGCUUCCUCAUUAUAGCUUUCCAGCUAACUUUGUUUGACAAUGCUGAAGGUGCAGAUAAGUUAAGAACAUCUCUUUUAAACCCAGCAUGGGUAUGUACUGGAAGUAGGACAUUCAGCAGGCAGGAUGUGAGAGAUCUGACUCCCUUUGCUGGUGAAUCGAUACAGUUUUACGUCCACCCCAAGACCCCAUGUCAUGACAAUUAAUUUGGUGAGUAAAAUAUCACCAUAAGUAAUAGGAAUACAUGACCAGUGCCAUUAGUAAAUCACAGAUUACACAUUAGAUAUGUCCUUCAGGAUGCAUUCUGGUGGUGGUUUUCCCUGCCAACCUCUUCUUGUAGCUUUAGAAGUUUUAUUAUUGUAGGCCUACAUUUAUGCACAUGUCUGCAUGUCUCUGUGUGGUUAUAAUUAGAGAACAGCUUUCUUUUUCUCACACACACACACACACACACACACACACACACACACACACACACACACACACACACACACACACACAGGCACACACACACAGGCACACAUCUGGCUCUAAUAAAGGAGGAAAGCUACUGGUCUGGCCUGUAGCCUGGUAGUCGUCCUCUUGCAGAACAAUGGCUGUAUUCUCAGCACGGCCUCCUCCUGAGACAGGCACACAAAAAUGAACCCACACACUCAGCUUGUACAUUAGUGCUCCUGCUGGGGUUGAUGCGCACACAGCAUCUUACACAGCAGUUGUAAGGAGAGGCGCGGGCAGGCAGCACCUCUCCACUUUAACACAGUGACUGAGGCUCGGCAUAAAUUGCUCAUUUAACUCCCAGAAUGGAGGACGAACGAUACACAAAGGACCUCUUAGCCUGCAAACAAGCCAUUACAGAGGCCUCACGUCUCCUCAUACUAUUUUCUCCUCUCCUAACUCACUCUAAAAGUGGCCUCCUACUUAAAAAAAGAAGUUAGUGUCAAUGAUCCCAAAGAUCCCUGCAGAAAAAGGGCAGCGUGCUUAGGCAAACAGAGCUGGAGAAAAAUUCUCACAGGGAACCAAGCGAGCAGAGAGGCCCCGGCUGAUUUUCCGCCUCUGACAAAAAACAAACAAUCGCAUUUUGGGCACUUUUUACCUUAUUCUUAGUCCGCACAAAAUUUAGGCCUGUGCAAUGCCCAGUGUCCACUCCUGCUGUUGGAUUGUUGAUUUUCAAGUCUAGCCAAGUAUGUUGCAUUUGACGAUGUCUAUUGUUAGACUGAAUUACAUUUUUGCUUGGUACUGUUUGGCUGAGGAAUGAAUGAUGUGAUUUGGUGCUUAUAUCUUUAUUUGUUAUUUAUGCACAGAUUUUCUUUUAUAGUAAAGCGUUGUGUUGAAUAUCAAUGGUUAAUUAAUGAAUUAGUCUAUCAACUCUUAACAAAUCAGGUUAGAAACAGAAAAUGGUUAACCUGCCUUAGCAUGAAGACUGGAAACCAGCCUGGCUCUGACCAAAGGCAAAAUAGAAGUUAGAUUCUACAGCCCUGCUGGUGAGUUUUGUACUCAGGCAGAGCAGAGCUUUAAGUUAACGUUAGCAUGCUAACAUGUUCACAAUCCGUGCCAAAAUGCUAAUGUGCAGCAGGUAACAUGUUCACAUCUUAUUUGAGCAUGUUAGCCUGCUAAUAUUUAUUAUGGGAUUCAUCCUAUGGGGAGCAUGAAUUACAAUCAGUGGUGGAAGAAGAACUCCAAAUCUUGUGGUAUAGCAAAAGCACCAAUACCACAGUGUAGAAAUACUCUGUUAAAGUCAUAUAUUUUUAAAUGUAGUAUUGCAAAUAUUGUAUCAUAUGUGUUGUAUGGAGUGGAGUAAAAAGUACAAUAUUUAUCUUUUCAAAAUUGUACUUUAGUACAGUGCUUGAGUAAAUGCAAAUGUAACUUUCCACUACUGAUUUAAAGCCAAUAUUUAAUGCGCUCAUUUGUUAAUAUACUGAAGUCCGGACCACAGUUGUGGGUCGACAGACUUUUAGCUGUCUUUAGAGCUGUUUUCAGUCUUUAUGCUGAGGGAUGCAAGCUGUAGCUUCAUAUUGAACAGGUAGAUCAGGGUGGUGUCAAUCUUCUCAACUGACACUGCAAGAAAUCAAAUACAUGUAUUCCUUAAAUGUCAAAGUACUCCUUUUGAAAGGCAGAAGAUAUCCUGAGUAUAAACAAGAAGGUUUAUUUUUCGUUUCCUUUUUUUUCGCACCAAAAAUACAUGUUGGAAAAACUACUGUAAUAUCUAAUAUCAUCAGCACAUAAGGACAAAGCCAGGAAGCUUUUAUCAUCCUCUCUCAUUCUCUGCCGGGUUCAUUUCUCACAUAUCUUACAGUCCCAGUGCAGGAUACUUUUGUACAAUGUAGACAUGAUGUCAUUCAUACUGCUGUUGUUUUUUGAGCUGUCAUGUGUGGAUGUUUGAUCGAUCAAUUACUCUGGUUGCCUCACACACACACACUUACGCGCACACACGCACACACACAAUACAUUUGUGUGGCACUUGUUUUUCUUUGCUUUUCACUCACAGCAACACAGAGCUGCUGAACAGAGUCAGAGCACCUUGUCUCUGUGGUCACCUGGGCCUACCUACAUACUGAGACACAUAUAAAUAUACGUAUGCAUAUACACACAGUGACUAUUUGUUGCUUUCAACAAGCUCUGCUGUUGUAAAUUAUCAGUUGAUCAUAGCAGACGAGAUUGGCUGCCUGUUUGGGCUCUGAUUUUGGAUUUGUAAGAAUUAUUUUUAAUUUUCUCACAUUGCACACCUAAGUUGAGCUGAACUACAAAACAUUUCUGUUAUCAGAGAGGGGGUUUUGGCCAUUGACCUCUCUCAAAUAACUUUGCACCAGGAAGUACAGGAACUGAUUUUUAAUUUGAGAAACACAAAAUAAAACUCAUACAGUAUCAGCAGUGAGGAUUACUUUUCACUUGAAGGGAACUCAUUUACACUCCCCCCUCACCACAGUAUACACACACACACACACACACACACACACACACACACACACACACACACACACACACACACACACACACACUGUUACAUGCACUCAGUCUGAUAUCACACAGUGAUACACCUGCAGAGGCCCAUGUGACUCCAUCAAGACACGCAGAGAGCAGAGGGAAGCUCAGGAGGCUCCAAGGUCAUGUUCACACCAAUGUGGUUACAACUGAAUCUUUGUUUUUUUUUCUAGAAAAAGUUUCUGUGUGCACAACCAUGCCAAGCAUUUAGGCCAAAGGUGGACCACAAAAUUCAUCUGUAUUUGUUUGAGCUUUAGAGACAGGGUAAAGACUGCAGAUGUGGUUUCUUUCAAAGCUAGGUAGCUGGCUAACGAGCUAUAUUCAUGGAAAGUAAUGACAGACAAAAUGAUGUCAUGUGUAGGCUUACAUGGCAGCAAUGCAGCUGCACUGGCUAAGUGGCAGAAUUAGCAAGAAUACAGUUGACAUAUUCAAUGUUCUUGAAAAGUGUCAACUGUUCCAAGCAGCUACUAUAGCUCACCAACAAGAACGCAGCUAACAUAAACACAUUGUCAGAGUGAAUGAAGAUGGUCAGGUUAGAACACACAAUCACACUCCGGGCUUUAACUUUGACCAGUCUUAUUUUCCCUUUUGAAUUGAGGAUUUGGUAAAUAAAUUACCUAAAGAGCAAAUUAUCUUCCAUUUAAAUAUUCUUGAAAGUUCUUAUUAAUUGCAGUAACCAAGGCACAGAUCACGUUGAAGAUGGUGUUAUGUUAGCAUUAUGAAUGUACACACAAAAUCAACACAGUGAGCUCGCUAAUGUUUUUAGCUACAUUAUGUGCAACGUACUUUAGUGUUCUUGGGAAGGUUAGCGAGCAAUUCACCAUAUUCAUCAUGAGAUUUUGGUAUGUAAUGCUUAGGCAGGGACUGUUGCUAUCUGCCUGUGAUCUCAGAUCUCAGCUGUGACUUUAAUCAGUCUGUUAUCAUGACCAAUGAAAAGUGAAAUGAUCUUGCCAUCUUUGAAAAGCCGAUAGUUGUUUGCAGAGCGAGUGUGAAGAACAUGCCCACUGGAGCCUAUUUGUGUAAUCUGCUUUGACAAAUGAGUGUGGGUGGAAGGUUUUCUUCACAUUUUAACAGCAUUUGUCUAAUUUGCCCACAUUAACGUGGCCGUGGCCUCAGCAGGCCUGCCAGGUUUUCAUGUGUCUCUGUGUUGCCCUGACAUCUUGUACGUCCUGCUCAAAUUGAGCAGAGGUCACGCACCCUCUGAUCUCCUAAGUGUUUCCAGCAGCGCCUACCAGAUGGCAUGGAUGCCGUGCUGUAACCUGUACAGUAAUGUUUGUGUGACCUUUCGAGGGGUACGUCUCAAAUCUGCAGAGUCUGUUCCUGAAUUUAAACCAUGUCAUCAGCAUUUUUUCACCGGUGUGUGUAUCAGAGUGCCUCAUGUAACUUCAAGUGGAGCAGCUGGAUAACGACUGGAAAAGUGUUUGUAGGUGUGUGUUUGUGAGAGUGUGUGUGUGCAUGUGCGUGUGUGUAUGGACACUCUGUUGCAGUGCCGGCUCCGCCUUAGACGGAACGUCUCCGAGUGGGGCGUGAUUCCCAUUCAAACAGGCACCACUUAUUUAUUUAUUUAUUCUCCGGCUACUUUCCCAUAUUCAUUCCUCGCUAUCGCCAUGGCAACGCACCUAAACUCUCUGUAUCUCUCCUUUCCUCCCGGGACAGCCUCUUACUGUUCUGUUUUACUCCGUUCAUUUUCAGACGCACUCACUGAAAUCAUGAAUAAUUGACUGUGUACUGCACACUGAGUGUAGGAGAGUGAUGUCGAUCCUACAGCAGCACGACCUGCGGUUCAUCUGUCUGAUGUUUUCACAAUAAAAUAACAAUGAAACCCA